AUGUAUUCUGGGGCGGGCGGCUACAGUAGCGCCAACGGCUACGGCGGCGCUGGAGGCUACAGCUCCGGUGGCUACAGCUCUGGCGGAGGAUAUGGUGGCUAUGGUGGUGGUGGCGGCUACGGCGGCUAUAGCGGAGGUGGUGGUUAUGGUUCUUACGGAGGGGGAUAUGGAGGGGGGAGGUACGGCGCUGGGGGAGGAUACGGCGAAAGGAGGGAUGAACUCGGAUCGAAGCUGUCAUGUGUUGAUUGGCAGCGGGUAGAUCUGGUGCCGUUUGAAAAAAACUUUUAUGUGGAACAUCCGGAAAUCGCACAGAUGCCCCCAGAGGAAGCAGACAGGAUCCGAAAUGAUCAUGAAAUCACCAUCAUUGCAGGUUUGAACGUACCAAAGCCCUGCCCUACUUUCGAGCAUACGUCUUUCCCAUCAUACCUCCUUGACGCCAUAUCGGCCGCAGGAUUUCAGAAGCCGACGCCUAUUCAGUUGCAGGGGUGGCCAAUUGCUCUUUCUGGAAGAGAUAUGAUCGGUAUAGCAGAAACGGGAUCUGGCAAAACUCUGGCAUUCCUGCUUCCCGGGAUCGUACACAUUAACGCCCAGCCGUACCUCAGGAGUGGCGACGGGCCUAUAGCACUUGUUUUGGCACCAACUCGCGAAUUGGUCGAACAAAUUCGCGCGCAAUGCAAGCUUUUCGCCUCACCGUCGAAGAUUAACCAUGCAGCUGCCUAUGGUGGCGUUCCUAAACGCGCUCAGAUUCAGGACUUGCAGCGGGGGGCGGAGAUCUGCAUCGCAUGCCCAGGGCGUUUGAUUGACUUCUUAGAGAGCAACGUAACGAACCUUCGUCGCGUGACGUACUUGGUGUUAGAUGAGGCAGACAGAAUGCUGGAUAUGGGUUUCGAGCCUCAAAUUAGGAAGAUAGUCUCUCAGAUAAGGCCGGACAGACAGACUCUUAUGUGGUCCGCCACCUGGCCGAAGGAAGUGCAGAAUCUUGCCAGAGACCUCUGCAAGGAAGAGCCUGUUCACAUUAAUGUUGGCAGUCUGGAUCUCAAGGCCUGCCAUAACAUUAAGCAGGAAGUAUAUGUGCUGCAGGAGUACGAGAAGAGGGCCCAGUUAAUGUCUUUACUCAGACGCAUUAUGGACGGAUCUAAGAUCCUGGUCUUCGCUGAGACAAAAAGAGGGGCUGACAACCUGACCCGCGAUUUGCGGAUGGAGGGAUGGCCGGCGCUUUCUCUCCACGGUGACAAGAAGCAAGAGGAGAGGACAUGGGUGUUGGACGAAUUUAAGCAAGGAAGAAACCCUAUCAUGGUGGCUACAGAUGUGGCGUCUCGGGGCUUGGAUGUAAAAGACAUUCGUCAUGUCAUCAACUAUGAUAUGCCGAAUCAGAUCGAGGACUACGUUCACCGCAUAGGUCGCACGGGUAGAGCCGGCGCCAAAGGUAAUGCAUACACGUUCUUCACAGCGGAUAAGCAACGGCUAUCCCGCGACCUUGUCCGUGUGUUGAAGGAGGCUAACCAGGUAGUUCCUCCAGAGCUUGAGGCUCUUGUAGGGUAUGGAGGUGACAGCGGUGGCGGUGGACGCUGGGGAUCUCGCGGAGGGGGAGGCAGGGGCCCCAGAGGGGGCCCAUAUUCCCGCCCGGGAGGGCCCAAUGGGAUGCCACUUGGCCCCGGACGCUACUAG